AUGCUGUGUACAAGCCCAAUACUGGCGAUAGCGGAGAAGCGAGAGAGCCCAUCAACCGGAUAUUUUAGCUCACCGAAAGGGUCACCCGAUAUUGGGCCCUCCGUGCACUCAGCCCGAGCUCUGUUCAGUCACCUCGACGCCAAGCCCGACCACAGCACCACGAAUGUCUACUCCGGCCGGCGACGGCGAGGACCCCGGCGCAGGGACGCCGGAAGCAGCAGCGCCAUUCUCUGCCGACUGGAAGGAGCGGAUCUUGGUCCCCGUCGUGGCCGCCGGUGUUGCCGGAGCUGGGUUCGGGCUGCUGUCGCGGCACAGGGCGCGCCUUGGCCCGAUCCGCGCUGCCGCUACCUAUGCGGCUAACCUAUCCAUCGUGGCCGGAUGCUACGGAGGUGCACGUGAACUUGCAAGAGAUGCUCGAGCUACAACACCUGAUGACCUCAUGAAUUCUGUUGUUGGUGGGCUAGCAAGUGGAGCUGUUCUUGGCCGAAUACAAGGUGGUCACUUUGGGGCGGUGAAGUAUGCAGUCACCCUAGCGGUUGCUGGUACUGCACUGGACUACGCCGCGAUGAAGCUAAGCCCUCAAUGGCAUGAUUGGAAAGAGCAUUUGUUCGUUGAUACGAAAGACUGGUUUACUGUACCCGAAUGGUCACCUAUCCAAGUGCUCGAUGAGGAGGCCUUGGCGAAGAAACGAGAGCGAGAGGAGUUGCUGUUUGCUCAGCGAGCACUUGGUAAAGUUAGCAAGGAGGAGCCUUAGCUGCCGUGCUUCAGAAAAGUGCAUACUGAUAUAUAGGUUCGACGAUUUUGUCAAGGCGUUGUAUGUCUCCCAAGCCGUUGUGUCGGGAAGGUUGCCAGUUGCACCUAUCUUGCCCUGAGCUUUAUAUUAACCUUUUGACAUAUAUCUUUUUUUUUGUCCAAGACAUAUAUCUUUAUAAUCUUGUUUUGUUCUACUUAUUAGUAUGUCUGUACAAUGCCAAUGGCUCUUUGGGCGUCCUAGGAAGAAUAAAUAUGGGAGAAUCCAAUCCAAAAUGGAACUUGGUGUGAGAGUUCCAAUGAAUUUCCAUUCCCUGCAA